AUGCCCUUCAAGGAGCAGGCCGCAGCGAGGUCGCCUGGCUUCACGCCCAUGACUCACGCCCAGUUCAUGAAGUCUCCGGAGAACAGGGCCCGCUACUUUCACCGGAGCUUCUGCGGUUGGGGGGAGUUUGCGCACGCGCGGCCAAACGCGGCUCACGAAGGCCUCGCGCGGCUGCAGGCCAACGGCUGGGUCGGCCACCUCAUCACCCAGAACGUCGACAGGCUGCACCACAAGGCCGGCAGCCCCGCAGGCCGCGUGCUCGAGCUCCACGGCACCACGCACCGCUUUGUCUGCAUGACAUGCGGCGCCGAGGGCUGCCGCCACGAGCUGCAGGAGCAGCUGGCGCGCCUCAACCCAGAAGCUGCCGCGCUUCUGGCGUCGACGCUGGCCGCGAGCGGCGAGCCGGGGCGGUGGCGGCGCGCGCUGCGGGCGGGGACGGCGGCGGACGCGCGGGCGACGGCGGCGGGCGCGGAGGGGGCGGAGCGGGUGCCGGUGCGGCGGCCGGACGGCGACGUUGAGUUGGUUGACGCGGGCCGUGGCUUUGUCGUGCCCCCGUGCUCCGAGUGCGGCAACGGCAUCCUCAAACCUGAAGUGACGUUCUUUGGCGACUCGGUGCGGCCCGACCGCGCUGAGCUGUCUCGGGAGCUGGCGGGAAGCUGCGACCUGCUGCUGGCGGCCGGCACCAGCCUCAUGGUGUGGAGCGCCUUCCGCCUGGCCAAGGCGGCGAAGGAAGCCGGCGCGAAGCUGGCAAUUGUAUGUGUCGGGGAUACGCGCGCUGACAGCAUAGCGGACUGGAAGGCCGAGGCCCUGGCCGGGGAGGUCAUGGCGCGGCUGGCGAGCCACCCGCGGCUGCUGCUGCCGCGCAUAUAG